AUGGCGGAUGAACAAGAAAAAAAACAAGUAUUGCAAUAUUUGCUUUACAAGCCUUUGAUAUCUAGUAAAGAACUGGAGAAAAUUUAUGCCACUGUUUUUAAAAACCAAGCACGAGGAAAUGAAAUCAGAGAUCUUAUAAAAUCCUUGAAUGAUUUGCUCAAGCCUGCCCAGCUUGCUGUCAAAUCAAGGUUGUGCGAAGACAAUAAUGAUGAAUAUUUUGCUCUGAUCAGUUUGAUUGAAAGUGAAGCAGCCAAGCAGACGUCAGAAUUUUCUGCUGCUGAGUUGGACCUAUUCAAGUGGAUCAUGAAAGAAAUCAUUUCAUCGGAAACUGGCUCAGUUUCUUCCACAGACUGUAUUAAUCACAGCGCAGACAUUCCAAAACUUAGCAAAACAGAUGCUCAAAAAACUUUGGAUAAGUUCUUUGCUGCACAGUGGUUAAAGGAGAGAGAGGGAGAAGUAUCAUUUACAGUUAGAACGUUGUUGGAGAUGGAGCCCGUGUUGAAAAAACUAGGCGACGAUCUCGGAGACUGCGUUAUCUGCAACAAACUUGCUGUUAAGAAAUUUGUUUGCCCGGAGACGUCGUGUGGUGCGAAAUUUCAUCGCUAUUGCAUUUCAAAGCUGAAAUUAAAAUGCCCAAAUUGUAACCGAGUAUUGUCCGGUUUGGAUGAUGAAAAUAAUCUCUCCCAGACUUUUGCUUCACAAACCCUAUCGCAAACGCCAUCCGCAUCGUCCAGCGAAGAGCCACGCCGUAGGAGAAGUGGUGUUAGACGAGGAAGAAGUGCUGUGGAGUCUGACAGCGAUUAG